UCCGACUUCGGGUACUGUUAGCUACACGUGGCAGUUUCUCUUCAUUCGAGAAACGUUUUUUCAUUGGAAGUGCCGAUCGAGCUUGCGGAGACUUUGAUCUAUGAAAUUGGCGGCGAAAGAGAGCAAACGAGCGGCAUGGCUGCUCUGUGUUGUAACAACCUUGUGGAUAAAUUGUCAAUUAGCAGAUAGCAUAGCAGUAAUGUCGAUUGACUUUGGAAGUGAGUGGCUAAAGGUAGCAAUUGUCAAGCCGGGGGUACCGAUGGAAAUCGUUCUAAAUCAAGAGUCGAAACGGAAAACGCCCACAAUUGUGUUGUUGAAGGAUGACGAGAGGCUGUUUGGAGAUGCAGCUGCUGCCACUGGUAUUCGGUUUCCCAAGAAUGCAUACACUUAUCUUCAGAAUGUGAUUGGAAAACCAUUUAAAAGCCCACAAGUAGAGCUGUACAGGAAGAGAUUUCCAUAUUACGAUCUUGUAGAGGACGUUGUUCGAGGUACUGUUUUGUUUCAACAUGGCAGUGAAACUUAUUCUCCUGAAGAGCUACUAGCAAUGAUAUUUAAGAACUGUCAGACUUUUACUGAAGCAUAUGCCAACCAGACAAUUAAAGAUACUGUUAUCACUGUGCCAGCCUUUUUUAAUCAAGCAGAAAGAAGAGCAGUAGUUGAUGCUGCAACUCUUGCUGGUCUCAAAGUUCUCCAACUUCUCAACGACAAUACAGCUGUGGCUCUGAAUUAUGGAGUGUUUAGGAGGGCUGAGUUCAACACAUCAGCUGUAAACGUGAUGUUUUAUGAUGUCGGAGCAUCAAGUGCUGUUGCAACCGUAGUUUCGUAUCAAUUGACGAAAGUGAAGGAGCACGGUAUUGCAGAAACUGUUCCACAAUUGACAAUAAGAGGAAUUGGUUAUGAUCAAUUUUUUGGAGGGCUGGAGUUUGACUUGAGAUUGCGAGAUCAUCUUGCAAAACUAUUCAAGGAGCAAGGCAAAGCCAAAUCCGAUGUUACCAAGUCGCCUCGUGCGAUGGCAAAACUGUUAAAGGAGGCCAAGCGAUUAAAGAAAGUCCUCAGUGCUAAUGUAGACCAUUUGUCUCAGAUUGAAGGUCUAAUUGAUGACAUUGACUUCAAAGCGAAAGUCACACGAGACGAAUUCGAGUCGUUGUGUUCCGAUCUCUUCGAGCGUGUGAAGGGGCCAGUAGAUCGCGCAUUAGCGUCAUCACAGAUGAUACUUGGUGAAAUCAACCAAGUCAUUGUGAUGGGAGGUGGAUCCCGCAUGCCAAAACUUCAAGAAAAAUUAUUGGAAGCCGUCAAGAAGCCGGAGCUUGGCAAGAGUAUCAACGCAGACGAAGCAGCCGCAAUGGGUGCUGUUUAUGUGUCUGCCUUUCUCAGCAAAGCAUUUAGAGUAAAGAAAUUCGUCAUCAAAGAUGCUAACCUGUUUCCUAUUCAAGUUUCCUUUGAGCGAGAGCGAGUUGAAGAAGAUGGAGGUUCAUCCAUGAGACGCGUGACACGCACACUCUUUGGUCACACCAAUCCUUUUCCUCAGAAAAAGGUGAUGACGUUUAACAGACACAAGAGAGACUUCUUCUUCAACGUUGACUACGGUGACGUCUCUUUCCUACCAGAAGAGUCCAGAACAGCAAUUGGAGCACUCAAUUUGAGUCGAGUCUCGCUUUCUGGAGUUGAGCAAGCAUUCACAAAACACACAGAUACAAAAGAUGAAGCGAAAGGAAUUAAGGCUCACUUUCGUAUGGAUGGAGGUGGAUUGUUGCAUUUGGAUAAGGUGGAGGCCGUGUUUGAAAGGCCCCCAGAGGAGGAGAAACCUCCAGAAGAAAAAUCGGCUUUUGAAAAACUGAGCAGUACGAUCUCAAAUUUGUUUGGAUCAUCAGACGAAUCAACGACUGAGGCACCAACUGAAGAAGCAUCAACAGAACCAGCAGAAGAAAUGGAUAGUGAAGAAGAAUCUGAAACUGAAAAAUCUGACGAUUCUGAUGCCAACCAGGCAGACACAAAAACUCCCAGUGAUGAAGAAACGACAGACGAAAAACAAGAGAAACAAUCCAAAGAGAAAGAAACAGCAAGCGAGGCAUCAGACUCUCAAGCAUCAGAUGAAGACAUUGAGUCUGAGUCGACAAGCGAAGAAGCCGAGUUUCCACAAGACGAAUCAGACGAGACAGCCAAUGAGCAGGCAGAGAGUGAAGAGACAUCGAAAAGUGAAGGUGUUCAAGAUACAGAAGAGGAGGCAACAGACAGUGACAAGACGGGUGACAAGGAAGCUGAGAAAGAGCCUGUUUCAGCGGAUGACAACAAAUCCAAACCAGAAGAAAAAUUGACAGACGAAUCACCAACAACAGACAAAGCGAACGACACCGAAUCAUCAAACGACACGGCGAAAAGCACAACAACAGGCAACAACACAGUCAAUGCAACGAAAACGGACCAGGCAAAGAAAUCGGCUCCGAAACCGACGAUAGUACAGGAAAGUAUCGAGAUAAUGACAGUGAUGCUAGAUCUACCGUUGCCCACGGAGACGCACAUGUCAGACUGGAGCAAAAAAUUAGCCGACCUUGAUCAGCGCGACGAAGAGAAGAAACAACUCGAACAAGCAAAGAACAACCUCGAGUCUCACAUAUUCGAGACACAAGACGCCAUCAACGCCGACGCUGUCAUCACAGUCACAACGGAAUCCGAACGCGACAAAGUCAGUCAAGCACUUGCUGCAGCAUCCGACUGGCUGUACGACGAAGGAGACGGAGCCACAACGAAAGUGUACGAGUCAAAACUGGCGGAACUAAAGAAAUUGUCAAAAGAUAUUUUCUAUCGUGUGAAAGAGAUGGCGGCGAGGCCUGCGGGUAUUGCACUGUUGAAGCACACGACGAAUUUGUCGGAGGUGUUUCUGACUCGUGUACGGAAUAUUAGCGAAGACGAGCAGAUUUACACCGAGGUGGAGAUACAGACAUUGGCGAAUGUGACUCGAGACACGAAUAAAUGGCUCUUCGAGAUGGAAACAAAGCAGAACGCUACAUCCCCAAAAGACGACCCCAUCCUCACCACAACGAUGCUCAAAGAGAAACAAGCCAAACUUGACAGAGAAAUCAUGUAUCUCAUCAGCAAAGCCAAAUGGGCAAAGCCACUCAAACCAAAAGCAUCAAACGCAACCCAAUCCAAUCAAACCACAGCCAAUCAGACAGUCAGCGAUGGUUUCACCCCCAUUAAUGCAACAGACAGUGAAGCACCGACAUCCGAUCAACAAAGUGAAGAGAAACCUAUGAAAGAAGAUGGAGGAGACACACAGACAGAGCCAACAGACUCAACAGACUCAACAGAUUCAACAGACACUGAAAAGGAUGAAGAGACAUUGGCUCUUCCAGGAACAGGAGAUGGACAGUCGGACACGCCAGAGGCCUCAGAGAUGGACAGCAAUGAUGAUGUAACAGGGAAAACGGAUGAACAUGGGGAAUUGUGAUUAAUUAUUAGAUCCAGUUUUAGAUCCAGUUUGGGGUUGAUUAGAUAUACGUCUAGUGACAUGCUCAUCAUAUGUAGCAUUCUGUCAACACAAAUUGGUCUGUUAAUUGGUGUAGAAAUGAGCAGGAAACAGUCAAUCCGGAAAUAAACCGGAAAUAAAUUGAGUACAAGGAGAGGUGGGGCACAUGUUGAA